AGGGAACGAAAUAUCUUCAGCUGCAACGGCGGCGGCUUUGUAAUUCGAAUGUUGUCUUACUCACAGGAACGAACGCGAAUAGCUUUUAAAAAAAACAUUUAACCCAAUCGGACAGUUUUCCUAGUCUGUGCGGAAAUCUCGGAGCUCCUCGACUCAAUGCAGAGACUAUCGUUGUUCGAGUGCUGUGGAGUGCUACCGAUUGUCUGAUCGGAAGACCAGCGACGAUCACAAUAGAACUGACGUUUUGCAUCUUGUAAUAAUUUUGAUCUCGUGAGUCGGAAUCAUGGAUGAGGACUCAAUGACGACACAGCAACGCACUGACGACAUGAUCACAGAGGAGGGCUCCAGCACUGAAUCAGACGCCGAACGUCUGAUUAAAGAGGCAGCACAAACCCUUGGCGCUAAGCAAACAAACCAGUGCUAUUGCGGAACGGAACGCAUCCUCGGCAAAAUGGAAAUGCAGUGCGUCGGAUGUUAUCGAUGGUUCCACGAGAAAUGUCUCUCGAUCAGUAUCCCGCGCUGCGUUCCCUUCAUGAUGAACUAUGCUUUCAUAUGCAAGAAAUGUAACGCCAACUCUUGCGAACUAUUUCAAAAGAAGACAGCAGGUUUCUCACAAGUCAGCAUCACGGCGCUGGCAAAUCUCCUUUUCAAGAGUCGUGAGGACGGUACGAACAAGAACAUGUUCUCCCGUGACAAAGAAAUCAUCCCGUGGAUCGACAGCAACUGGGAACUGCUGAUGACUGGCCCACGCAGAGUCACCCAAACGUGGCAUACAACCAUCCUGAAGACCUUGCAAAAAGAAUCAUCCUUGUUCAUAAAUCAGGAUGAUGUCUACUUCGGCCUGGUCGACCCUGAUCUCUACGGUAUCAUGCCUUCCUACGACGCAUCCUCGAAACUGCAGUUGCUGCGAACUCAGGAGAACCAGCAAACUAGAAGGGGUCCGAAACGGAAGCUGCCCGACGGGCAAACCGUACCCGGCGGCAAGUGCAAGCUGAAGAGCGAUUUGGUUAUGCCGAGAUUGCCGGCUCAUGGCUACCCGAACGAGCAUCCAUUCAAUAAGGACGGCUAUCAUUAUUUCUUGGCGGAACCCGAUCCCCACGCUCCUUUCAAACAAGAAUUCGAUGAAAGUGUCGACUGGGCGGGGAAACCGAUUCCUGGAUGGUUGUACAGGAAACUAGAGCCCGAGAAAGUUCUGUUGGCGAUGCACGACCGAGCUCCGCAACUGAAGAUAUCAGACGACAGGCUUAGCGUUACGGGCGAUAAGGGAUAUUCAAUGGUUCGAGCUACGCACGGAGUCACGGAGGGUUCGUGGUACUUCGAGGCGAUCAUUCAAGAUCUACCGGACAACUCCGCCGCUCGAAUCGGAUACUCGAUGCCUUUAGGAAAUCUUCAAGCGCCUUUAGGAUAUGACAGAUUCGGUUAUUCGUGGAGGAGUCGCAAAGGAACCAAGUUUCACCAGUCACUGGGGAAACAUUUCAGUGCCGGUUUCGGGAAAGGAGAUGUCGUAGGCUUCUUGAUAGAGCUGCCACGAAGUUCGGAUAAGGUCAAGCUUCCUACAACGUACAAAGAACGGCCCCUGGUGAAGUUCAAACAAUAUCUGUAUUACGAGGAUGCAGAUAAAGCCACGCAAGCAGUGAAGAAUCUCGUCGAGCUGAAGGGCUCCCGAGUAUCCUUCUUCAAGAAUGGGAAACUAGAAGGAGUGGCUUUCGAGAACCUCUACGAAGGAACGUAUUAUCCGGCGAUUUCACUCUACAAGAAUGCCACGAUCAAGGCCAAUUUCGGACCACGGUUCCGCUUCCCACCCAGAGGAUACAAAUAUAGAGCGAUAAGCGAAGCGGUUCAACAGAACAUGGUUGAGCAAACGAUGGCUGACAUGAUAUAUUUGGUGGAAAAUGAACAGCAGUUCAAAGUCGAGGCGUUGAAUUUCUGAAAAACGCUGCAUACACCGUCCGAGAUGAGACACGCGCAAGAAGUGUGAUGUUGUGCGGACGAACCCAAGUCUGCUUUUGAUGGUUUGAACAUGGACGAAUUUCCUCAUCUGUCCAUAUCUAUAUUCCAACGAAUAAAGGCUUUCGUCUUGAACUUA